AUGGACCAACCUAGUUUGGAUAUUAAUGAAUGGAAAGCUAAUUAUCCCUUCCUGGAAAAUGUAUGGGAAAUGUACGACGAAUUUGAGAAAUCUGUAGAAAAAAAUGAGUAUGGUGCAGAGUUUUAUGAAUCUACUUGUGAUUCUAUUAUAAAAACUACGGUUAAGGAUAAGCUUAAAUACAAUGAUUUCUGUAAGAAACUCAUUAGAAAUUUAGGAGCAUAUUCGACGGAUAAAAGUAUAAUUAACCCAACUGUUGAACGUUGUGAUAUCAUAUACAGUUGGUUAUACUACUUGAUAAUGAAAUAUAAUAUUCCUAAUGAUUUUAUUCAAAAAUGUUUCGGUGUAUCUAACCCACUGAAUUUGAAUGGUGUUGAAAGAGAAAUCUGUUCUUACACUCCUUAUGAAAAAGUUAUUAAUGAAGCAAAUGAUAUGCUAAAAAUAAAUAUUAUUGUAGCCAAUGUUUUCACUAUUGAAAAUAUAUUGGCGAAGAAAACAGAUGAAUCUAAUUGUUUAGCGUGGAAGUUCCUUUAUGAAUGCUUUAAUAUAUAUAAGAAAAUAAACAAAGUCUAUUGUUCCAAUGGAAGAAAUAAAGAUAAUGAAAAUAUUUGUAAAAAAUUGGACUAUUUUAAGUUAUAUUAUGGCACAUAUAUACCUGCCCUAAAUGAAAUACCAGAAGAAAAAGGAUAUUUAAGUGAAAAUGUUUUCCAAUUUAAAGAUAAAUGUUCAUUAAAUGAAAUUAUAGCAGAAUCCUUGCAUCAUGAUGUCCAUAGCACAGGUAGUUCUGACACGUCACGUAUAAUCACAGCUCUUGAUACCGUGGUUGAUAAAGUUCAUAGCACAGGCAGUUCUGGUCCGUCAAGUACAAUCACUGCUCUUGGUACUGUGGCUGGUGUAUCUUCCUCAUUAGCUUUAUUAUAUAAGGUAUAA